AUGCUAACUUUUGUUGAUAGUUCUAUGGAUCCUAGAAUUUUUGAGGAUGAAAUGAGUGGACAACAAAUUAGCUACCACACACUUGAAUGUUUAACAGAAGAGUGCCGGCAAUGUGUUGGAAUGCUUCAAUAUAUACCUCCAACAACAAAAAUGGCACCAAUAGAACAAUUAAUUUCUGCUGGUGCCCCAAUGCGAGCAACAAUGCAAAGGGAGCAGUAUUACUCUGAGUUUGCUCACAAAGUUAAUCAGGCACUGCAUAUGAAUCAAGCUGCCGGUACAAACCCAAUUUCAUCUUUGUUCAGCAACAACGAAAUGGCUCAAAAACGGUCAUCCACAUCCUCUUCUUCCUCAACAUCAACAACAGCAAUACCAUUGAGAGAUGGAAAUGUUCCUCACCAUAAUUAUAACAAUUAUCACCCCUCAUCUCCUUCACAACAUCAUUAUUUUCCUCCAAAACCUCCUCAACAUUAUCCAAAUAAAUAUAGAAAUACAUAUUAUACACAACCUCAAAAUAAUAGAAGAUAUAAUAAUAUGAGAGUAGUUGAUAGGGAUAUUUAUCGAGAUAAUAGAAGGCAUGUUCGACAAACUAAAAAGGCAGAACGACCAGUAAUUGGUAAGGGAAAACAUUUUUGA